UCCGGCGGGCUGUGUACACACUUCCUCAUAGUGGUCGCUGUGGCCGCUCGCCGUGUGACCGGACCGCCUCAGGCCGACCCCAGGCUGACCCCAGGCCGGUGUACGGGCAGUGUCUGCGCGGGUUCUAUCACAGCCACCCUCAGCACAUGGAAAUCACCUUCAUCGUUUUCCCACUUUGUUUUGGGGAAUUAGAUGUGGCAUGCCCUGAAGGGCAAAUGCCCCAGGGUGUACAUACCAGCACCCCUGUACUGCCAAAAGCAGCAGAGCCAUUUUGCAAGGUGCUGUUUGUUUCUCUGGGUUGAAUUCCAUGGCCAUGUCUGAGCCUCAUGAAAACUUGCAUUCCUUGUUUCUGUCGCAUUGUGCUGGGAUUUAUACACUUUCCAACACACGUGAUCAUAAUGAUGUGCCCUGUUUACCUAAAGAGGUAAAACCUUUUACGCAAACAGAGAUGGCUGACAAAAGUGGCAAACCUUUGCCUGGACCACUGUUCAUUGAAGUAGAGUAUGAUUAUGAGUACGAAUACAAGAAUAAUAAGAUUGUUAUAAAACAAGGUGAAAGGUAUAUCUUGAUAAAAAAGUCAAAUGAAGAUUGGUGGCAUGUCAGAAGGGAUGAAAACUCCAAAGCAUUCUAUGUUCCUGCUCAAUAUGUGAAGGAAGUUGGUCGGAAGGCAUUAAUGCCCCCUGUAAAGCCGGGAAUGCUACCAAACAGCCCAUUGAAGGUUGUGCAAGGGCUUCAGAGGUCCACAGAGAAUUUAAAUAAAUCUCCAGAACUUUCUAGUUUCGGUAAAACGUCUUCAGUUCGAGAUGCCAAUCAGAAUAUCGGGCCCAGUAAAAGCCCAAGCCAGACAAGGGGACUGACUUUAGAUCUUGUGCAUAACAAUGGCAAGCUAAGUAGUGAUUUGCAUUCACCAAAAGCCUCCAGCAAGAGCCCGUCUGUUAUUCACUUUCCUGGCCCUGAAUUAAUGGACUUUGAAAAGACUAGCUUUGUAAACGACCACUCUGGUGAUUCGGCUGGAGAAAAUUCUGAAAAAAUUCUCAUGGAUUCAGAGUCUGGUGAUGAGCUUAGUAGCAGUUCAACUGAACAAUUACAGUAUUCGGUGUCUCCAGCCCCUGCCAGAUCGGAUUCUCCUGUGUACGCAAAUUUGCAAGAACUGAAAAUUUCUCAGUCUGCGCUCCCCCCACACCCAAGUGCUCCUCCAGUCCAAAUUACUGGGGAAUGGGAAACGCAUAGAGAUAACACUGGGCGUUUCUAUUACUAUAAUAAAACCACGCAAGAAAGGACUUGGAAACCACCACGUUGCACUAAAGAAGCCAGUAGAGGAGAAUCUUUUAGUCAAGCCGAUCAUGAGCAAAUUUCAUCUGAAGACAAUUUCCACAGCACUUGUGACAACCAAUCAGAUAGUCAAUACGGGUCCCCUCCAAGGGGCUGGUCAGAAGAUUUGGAUCAGCAUGGCCAUACCUUCUUUAUCAAUGACCAAACUAAUGAAAAGUGGAUGAAACAUGUGGAUGAUCAAGGCAGACCCUAUUAUUACAGCGCUGAUGGAUCACGGUCAGCAUGGGAGUUGCCAAAGUAUAAUGCUUCUUUGCAGCCACAGCGAGAGAUCACUAAAAGUCGAAGUCUCGACAGAAAGCUUCAGGAACCUAUAGUUUUAACAAAGUGGAGGCACAGCACAUAUCUACUGGAAGCCAACGAUAAGUUGCAUAUCAAGCAAAAGCGUAAUUCCUCUGGGUAUUUCAUGCAUAACCCUGGUUAUUUGAUUCCACCUUAUACAGAAAAAGAUUCUCCAUUGUCCAAACCCAUCUUUCCGGACAUAGAGACCUCGCCUUCUUCUCCAAAGCACCAGUCAACGGAUCAAGAAAAGUAUGGUGUCUUAAAUGUGACAAAAAUUACAGAGAAUGGAAAAAAAAUUAGGAAAAACUGGACUUCUUCAUGGGCUGUAUUGCAAGGCUCAUCCUUAUUGUUACAAGGGACUGGAGCUAGCUGGAAGUUUGGUGGUAACCAGUCCAAACCAGAGUUUACUGUUGAUCUAAAAGGAGCAACUGUCGAGUGGGCCUCAAAGGACAAGUCCAGUAAGAAGAAUGUUUUGGAGCUAAAAACUCACACAGGGACAGAACUAUUGAUUCAGUCUGAUAAUGAUGGUUGGAUCAGAGAAUGGUACACAGCCCUUUGUAACACUACCGGCAAUCCUAUACGGGAGUCUGACGAAGCAUUUGAGGAGAAUGUGCCUGAUUCCCCGGUAGAAAAACAUGGAAAAGAAAAGCACGAUAAGGAGAAGGAGCACGACAGAGAUUCAAAGAAAAAUCGAUCAAUAAAACCUGGAAGCAGCAUUGAUAAUUCCGAGCAGAAGAAGACUAAAACAAAACUAAAGAAAUUUCUCACUCGACGCCCAACAAUGCAAGCUGUUCGCGAGAAAGGUUACAUUAAAGAUCCUGUAUUUGGCUCCAGCCUUGCCAGUCUUUGUCAGAGAGAAAACACUACAGUGCCAAAUUUUGUCAAGCUGUGCAUCGAUCACGUUGAGGAACAUGGACUGGAUAUUGAUGGCUUGUACAGAGUAAGCGGAAACCUUGCUGUGAUACAAAAGCUGAGAUUUGCUGUUACUCACGAUGAGAAAUUAGACUUGAAUGACAGCAAAUGGGAAGACAUACAUGUGAUUACCGGUGCUUUAAAGAUGUUCUUCAGAGAACUGCCUGAGCCACUCUUUACCUUUAACCAUUUUAACGACUUUGUGAAUGCAAUCAAGCAAGAACCCAAGCACCGUGUUCAAGCAGUCAAAGAUUUAAUUAAACAGUUGCCAAAGCCAAACCACGACACAAUGCAGGCUCUUUUCAGACAUCUCAAGCAUGUUGUGGAAACUGGAGAAAAGAACAGAAUGACUUUUCAAAGUUUAGCAAUUGUUUUUGGACCAACUUUAUUGAAACCAGAAACCGAGACGGGUAACAUAGCUAUCCACACUGUUUACCAGAAUCAAAUAGUGGAACUCAUUCUAUUGGAAUAUAACACUAUUUUUGGGCGCUGAGUUUAAAUUUAACUUGUGGAGUAACCACUCAAUGACCAUCUCAUUUCCAAGGACACAACUUAUUUUCUCAAUUCACCUUAUUGAAUUUCAUUUGUGGACCAAGAACCCCCUUGACUAUUUUAUUAUUUUUUUGCACUUUUAUGGUGUUUGGACAUCAAUCUUCUAACAUGUUUCCAAUUUUCCUCUCUCGACAUAAUGAUAUACUGAGAUGUUUUACAAUGUACACGCACAUGCAAAUUAACAGAAGAGUCUAAUGCACACACUGGAUUUACUGGAAAUAAAGCUACUAACUUCAUACCAUAGAUAUGAACAUUUAAUCACUAUUGCUGUUCUGAAGUGUUUGAAGCUGAUCUUGGACUGUGUGAAAACAGUUGCCGAUUUUACUAAACUUGCAUUGUGUUUGUGUCUUGAUGUAAACCCGAGCAAUAGUCUGUGUUGGCAUGCAGUAAAAAUCUUCAGCCAUUGCUAACAAAGCUCUUUGUAUAGUGUUUUAGAAUGGAAUGCUUUUUAACAAAGAAAAAAAAAUCUCCUUUUGGUUUUCCUAGAUAUUUAAUUUGCUGAAUAUAUUUGGCAUUUCCCUUGUUUCCUUGGCCGCAAUGAACUGAACAUUAGUAUUAUUUGGAAAACACUGAAAUCACUCUAUCAGUAACUAUUUAUCAGUGUGUUUGACUAUGGCUGACUUUUAAUUAUUUGUGUGUGCCAGUUAUUUUCCAUUUUUUAGCUGUGCUCUAACAUUGAGAAUAGAAUCUAACUUGGAAGUUGAUACUAUAUUUUUAUUGAUAUAAUAAUUCUUUGGUAUUAAACAUUUUUGUCACUGUAAAUAGAAGCUAAGGUUUUCCAGAACCUUUUGGCUCCUUGUAUAUAAUGAAGUUGGUGUAUAGUCUAAAUUUGCUUUGUAUUUCAAAUCUUUCUGGAUAUAAUUUUGACAUACAGGCAGGCAGUUUUUUUUUGUUUGUUUUUUUUUCUCGGAUUUUAAAUAUUUUAUUUGCAAGAACACAUUUGAAGUAGGCAAAGGUACUGGAAAUAUUUAAUAGGCUCAGUCUGUCAAGCCAAUGCGUUAUUUAAGAUGUAUAGUAUAUUUUAGAAAAAAAAAAAGAGAAUCCACAUAACAUUAAAUCCUAUAUUUUGGCGUGCUUGUUGGUAAAUGGUACCCACGUACGAAUUGGUAAAUGCUUUAAGGAACAAAAUGUCAAUUGCAAGUACGGUAUUUCUUUUAUAUUAAUAAUGUAAGCCAAUUUGUAAAAUAAAAGUGAAUUUGGAAGAUUUUGUUACAGGGAGUACGGCCUGAGAAUUAUUUUUAUGAUUUUCUUUUUGUAGGCCAUCAGCUGUUGCACUUUGUAUUUCUCUAAUGUCCACUCCAAAUAAAAAUACACAGAGUACAAAUUAUAUUUAAGAGGUUUAGUAAUGUGUCUUUAAUUUUGGAUUUCUCAUUAGAGCAUCCAAGUGCUAUUUCCAAUAAGAGUCGAUAUUGGGUGUAUUUACUAAGCAGGGAAAUUAGAAAAAUUCAAGAGACCGGAUUUAGACAAACUUCAGGCUAAAAUAUCCAAUUUUUAAAUUUUUUUUCAAUCUGACCAUUCUGGUCUACAGUUUUUUUUUGUUUUUUUUAUUUACUUUCCCUCACUUUAUGACUAAACCCUUGUUUAAAAUUGCCCUUUGAGGACCUUGAGGGAUAUACGGCAAAAUGAAGCACCUAAACCAUUAAAAUGUUUACUUGAAGACCGGUAUUAACUCACAAAAUAGCCCUAAAGUAGUUUUAAGAUACUGUCUCAGUAUUAAUCUAGCCAUGCAAGUGUGACAAUUAAAGAGCCCCGGCAUCUUUUCGUGGUUUUGGUGUGGAUAUGAAUCUUCUACAUUAUCUGAGCUGCAGAAGAUGGGUCGAUCUUGAGUAAUUAGAGCUCCUGUUAAUGUCAAACAGCAAAAAAUGCUUGGUGUUCUCCUUCAAUGACCUUAUUGCCAACAAAUAAGGUCAUAUUUUAGUCUAACAAAAUGCCUUUGGAUGGUUUUGUCUCUGCAUUAUAGCAGAUGGGAUUGGAACCAGGACUACGCUUAAGAAAUUUCAACACCUAUUUUAGGAGUGCGUAGAGAAAGCACAUUUGAUAUGUAUUGAAUUGACAUUGUUCACCAAGGUCAUGACAGGUCGAACCAGAUUCUUAAAGAAAUGGCUCAGCCAGGCCAAAUGAUCUUUGAGGCCUCUUGAUAUGUUCCAAAGGAUACAAGAUGUUCAGCAUUUUUAAAUGGAAUCCAUUGUAAAAUUACCAUGACUAUAUCGCUUUAUAAACAAAAAAUAAUAGACUAGUUUGUACAUCCUGUGUUGGAAAUGACAUGUAAAAGGAUUAGUAGUGAUCUUAAAUGCCACAAGUUCACUCUUUGGUGGGGGAGGCGGACAUGUAUACAAUUCAAACUGUUAAUAAAAAAGAGAAUUUGUACAC